UACCAAUUAAUUAACUUAACUUAAUUACUAAUUACCACUAAUGAUUAGGGGUAGUUUAGCCAUUCAAAAAAUGAGGAUAAGAGAUAACCACCAAUUACUAUUUCAUGACCUUUUUUGUCCUGUAGCUAGGGGCUUCCAAUUAUUUUCCCGACCCCAAUUUAGCGGUGUUAUACAAGUAAAAUUGGAUUAAUUUCCGUGCUUGAAAAAAGGGCCCUGGCCUGAGAUGGGCCAUAUGCAUCGCACCUCCGGCACGGCUCACAAGAGAAUUACUACCCCCUGCACCCCCUCAGCCCAAGUCACAACACCAAGGAGAUUCUGUACCUGAACAUUAAUACUGAGCCAGGUUAUGGAAGUAAAUUACAGCGAUGGUUCUUCCAAAAGGGAAGGUUGUCGAAAGGAAUUUUAGCUUAAUUUUAUUGAAUGGCAGUCUGAAGGGUAAAAAAUUAUAUUGUCGUGAUGUUCUUAGUGCUAUUAUUAGCUUUGAUAAGUUUAAACAAAUGGUAAAGAGUAACUUGAGGUAUAAUAUGGGUUUGCCUGCUAAAAUCAGUGUGGAGAUUUUUUGGGAUAAUGAUCGGAUUGAAUGUGAGUUUGAUUUCUUUGAAAUGUGGAGAUAUGCUGUGGAAGAUAAGGAUGGGUUUGUUACAUUACAUGUUGAUAUGGAAGUUAGUAAUGGUGUUGAUAUGGCAGGUAGUACUAGUGGUGGUGAUAUGGCAGUUAGUAUAAGAGGCAAUAUCAAUUUUUUGCUCGAUACUAUUUCCAUGGAAAAUCUCGAAGAUGAUGUCUUAGAAAACAUACUUUUCCGGUUACCAUUAGGGACAGCUUCUUCACAGGCUAAACGUGUAUGCAGAUUAUGGAAAACUAUCCUGUCUAACGUCAUAACGAGGUGGGUUACCUUUUCGCAUGCUAUGACUACAAAAAUGACUCAAAAGACAGUAAACUUCAGCUCUGCUUUGGAGAAGAAUAUGAUCAUAUUGAUUGUAAUAGGAUGGACUAUUACUACUCUCAUGAGACACUCAUGGUGAUGGAGCACUGCAGAUUUGGUUUUAAAUUCUCUCCACACUAUGAUAUCCUGGUUGGAUCAUGCAAUGGAUUAGUUUGUCUUCAGAAAGAGGUUCCUGGUGACCAGAACUUGCAGGAGCCUUUCGCAAUUUGCAAUCCCUUAACAGGUGAAUUUAUUUCUCUUAAAGCUAAUUUGGGUAGGGAUGUAGAUGGCAUUACACUGCUAGUUUCGGUUAUUGUCAAUUAACCGGCGAGUACAAGGGUUGUUAGACUUUACAGAACCAGCAAGGAAUGGCGGCGUGUAUACACCCAAGUAUAUACUAUUGGGAGCAACAAGUGGAGAGACAUAGAAACUCGCACAUUAUUCUAUGAAUCUGGACCUGGUAUCUUUGCAGAUGGUUCUCUUCAUUGGUUGGUUACCGCAGGUCGCAUCAUUUUAGUCUUUGAUUUGGAAGAUGAGAAGAUCGGACAGUUCCCCCUGCCACCUUCCGAGGCUUAUGAGGAUGAUGAUUCAGAUCCUGAUAAUGAACUCAAGUUGUUGGGAGGGAAUUUGUGUUGGUUUAAGAGGACCUGGUCUCUCGCAUAGAAAUAUGGGCAUAUAGAAAAGAUAUUCUUAACACUAAAAAUUCAUGACUACUACAGGAAAAAUUCAUGGAAGUGGGUCAAGGAGUUUAGCAUAGAGUGUAAUGGAUCGUAUUACCAGCCAUUUGCCGUUACAAAAAGCAAUCAAAUACUAAUGUUGGGAGUACGUCAUCUCUACUGUUAUGACCCUGAAACUCGAACUGUAAGCAGCUGGUUGAAAUAUAUGGGUAUGGAUCAAGUAAUUCCUCACGCAAACAGCUAUGUUUCGUUGAAAGAUUACGGGGAAUCAUGGUAUGGGCCGGGGUGCUCAGCAGUUCCUCAAACAAACACCUAUGUUUCCAUGUCAGAAGCUAGAGAUGCUUAUGAUGAUGGUGAUGGUCAUAAAAGAAAGAGGCAAUCUUAACACACCUUUUUUUUUAUCAAUUAAAUAGCUCAUAUAUCCUUCUGGCUUGUAGCAGUCGUACGUUUUAUUAGAUGGUUUUUAUUUUGUUGGAA